AUGGAGAUUAUUUACAGUAAAAAUAAGUAUGAACAGGAAUAUAAAGCGGAGGCUCAGGAUUUACUAGUUCAGUUAGAAAAUUCUCAAAUUAAAAAUUCAAAGUUAGAUAAUAAGUUCCCAGUUGGUCUAGCAAUUGGCGGUGGAGCGAUAAAACAACCAAAGAAAAUUUGGUGUCUCACCAGUUUGCCACCAAAGAAAAAAGGCCGCAAUAUCCUAGCGGGAGUGAUUGACCGACUAUUAAGGAACACCGCCGAAUUGAGGAAUUGGUUAGAAAGUAUGGAGAGCAUGGAGAAAGAACAGGCACUAGACGAGGCAGAUUAUAUUUUGAGGUUUGGGAUGUUGACAUUGCUCACUUGGCUCAACGAUUACCGCUCUGAUUACAAAAACAAAUCAGGACAAAUUUCUAGAAAACAUAAAAAUAACCAGCAAGCAAGCCACGAAAAAGGCUAA